UAAUUAAAAAGACCAAAAUUGUUAAUUACCAAAAGGAAGGUGAAGUCUAAAUAUAAAAACAUGCCAGCGAUAUAUUUGCCAACAUUCAAUAAUCUGGCUAAUACAUUGUGUUAUGCCAUAAAAGUCACAUUGGCUAUCAUAUUAAUGUGCCAGAAAUGUCAUCUACAGAGAGUCGAGGUGCCAGCGGAAGCAAUAGUUGAUCCCAAAUUUAGUUCGCCAAUUGUAAAUAUGACAGCCCCAGUGGGACGUGAUGCUUUUCUCACAUGUGUUGUCCAGGACUUGGGCCCGUAUAAGGUGGCGUGGCUGCGUGUCGAUACACAAACUAUAUUGACUAUACAAAAUCAUGUAAUAACUAAAAAUCAACGCAUUGGCAUUGCCAAUUCCGAGCACAAGACAUGGACAAUGCGUAUACGAGAUAUCAAGGAGUCGGAUAAAGGAUGGUACAUGUGCCAAAUCAACACGGAUCCAAUGAAAAGUCAAAUGGGCUACCUGGAUGUUGUGGUACCGCCGGAUAUCCUAGAUUAUCCUACAAGCACGGACAUGGUCGUUCGCGAGGGCAGUAACGUGACGCUCAAAUGCGCUGCUACCGGUUCACCAGAGCCGACAAUUACAUGGCGUCGUGAAAGUGGAGUACCAAUCGAGUUGGCCAACGGCGAAGAGGUUCCAAAUAUCGAAGGCACCGAUUUGAUAAUACCAAAUGUAAAGCGUCAACAUAUGGGCGCCUAUCUAUGUAUUGCCUCGAAUGGAGUCCCGCCAUCAGUUAGCAAAAGGAUAACACUAAUUGUACACUUUCCACCUAUGAUAACUGUACAGAAUCAAUUAAUUGGCGCUGUGGAGGGUAAAGAUGUGACUUUGGAAUGCGAAUCAGAGGCCUAUCCCAAGUCCAUAAACUAUUGGACCAGAGAACGUGGAGAGAUUGUGCCGCCGGGCGGAAAGUAUGCAGCAAAUGUCACCGAAAUAGGAGGCUAUCGUAAUUCAAUGAAACUUCACAUCAAUCCAUUAUCUCAAGCGGAAUUCGGGGCUUAUCGUUGUGUGGCCAAGAAUUCAUUGGGCGAUACAGAUGGCACCAUUAAACUGUAUAGAAUACCACCCAAUGCAGUAAAUUAUGUGGAAAACUUUGAAGCCAGACAUAAAGGAAAAAAGCGUACGAAAAGCGAAAUGUAUCAUCCGGCCAGGGCGCAGGAGCACAGCGGCGAGGAUAUGGAGAAUCCGGGCAAACGAAAAGCUGAUUUGAGUCUCAGUGCGGAAAGUAUUGACAGCAUGUAUGGUGGCAUGGGGUCGGCAGCUGGGACCCAAACCAAACAGAAUUGUCUGCCACUCCUCAUGCCACUGUUUCUGUUGCUGUUGACAACAUUGACGAGGAUGAUGCGAAAAAUUCAGCUGACAUUGUUGCCACAAACACUGACACAUGUUUGACAUAGACGCCAAGCCGUGAUGGUGCUAAAGGAGUUCGAAUUGCGAUGAUGAUGAUGCUCUGGAUGAUGACGAUGAUGAUGAUGAUGAUUGAGUUUGUCAAAGCCAAACGUUGCUUGGUGCUGAUUUAUGUGCUUCGAUGGUUUAGUUAAAAUAUACAGACACUAUAUAUCAUGCAAGUCGAUUCUUUGUAGCUAAUAAGUCAAACCAGGCUUCCUAAUCCCCCCCAAAAUGCGUGCAUGUUGAGCUGUUAAAUACUCUCUAGUAUUAAGUUUAGUUUUAAUAUUUCAAAAAAACUCAUCAGCACAUGUACAUACGAGUACAGCAACAACAGAAAAAAGUAAAACCUUUUUUUAUAUUUAUAGAAAAAAGCAAUUAAGAAACGAUGAAAAUGAUUCGUUGGUAGUUAAAAUGUUGAAGGAUUAUGUAUUAUAUAGAAUUGUAUAAACCAGAAUGUGGAUAAUAUUAAAGAGACUGUAUGUGUGCAAAGUAAUGUUUAAUUUGAAAUUAAU